AUUUGGUGAACAUGUAUUCACUAAUGGAAGUAUGAAUAGCCUCGCUCAAAAUGCCUGACAAAUAAUACCAAACAGGCUGACUGCUGAGAGACGGACAGCCAGGUUGUAUAGAAGAUUAAUUGACUUCGCCACAAUUAUCCCAGGAAAUGGUGCCAAAGAGUGGUGAUAAACACGGCACAAGUUUUGAUUGAGUGAAAGUUAGGGAACGGGGUUAGUUCCAAUUGGCCGACAACCAAAUAAGAAAGAGGGAGGAACUCCGUUCCUUUAAAAAGACUGACCAGUCAUUCCCAUUAUUAUUACCCUUCGACCGUGUUGUAUUGUGCCUUAAUGACUGCAAUAAACUUCAGAUCUACACAUUUAGCCUCUUGGGUGUGUAAUUGUGAGAGAGUGGCUGGUUUUCGCCGCGACACUUGCUAGCUUUUACGUUCAAUCAACGGAGUCCGCACAGUCAUGACAGCGACUGCCCUACGGGCACAAAUUAACUGGUGGCGGGGUUGUCAGAGGGCUUACGACCGGACAGGCUACCAGUACUUCCACACGACCAACCAAACUGCUUCCAAGGAGCAUGUGAAGAUUCUUGUGCUUGGAGGAGGAAGUGGAGGUGUCGCAAUGGGUGCCCGCAUGAAACGGAAAGUUGGAGCCGAGAAUGUUGCUAUAGUGGAGCCAAGUGAGAUGCAUUACUACCAGCCCAUAUGGACGUUAGUGGGUGCAGGGGCGAAAAGCGUGGAGUCAUCCGGCCGGCCCACGGCGAGUGUUAUCCCCUCUGGCGUGAAGUGGGUAAAAUCCAGAGUGACGGAGGUUAACCCCGACACGAAUUCUGUUCGGACAGACAGUGGGAAAGAGAUUUCCUACAAGUAUCUCAUUGUGGCCCUUGGCCUUCAACUUCACUUUGAGAAGAUUAAAGGUCUUCCAGAAGGGUUUGAACACCCCAAGAUUGGCUCCAAUUACUCAGUAAAGACAGUGCAGAAGACCUGGAAAGCCCUUCAAGACUUUAAGGAGGGCAAUGCUGUCUUCUCCUUCCCCAACACACCAGUGAAGUGUCCUGGAGCUCCACAGAAGAUCAUGUACCUGACUGAUGCAUUCCUGAGAAAGACUGGGAAGAGGUCAAAUGCAAACAUUGUGUACAACACCUCUUUGCCCGUUUUGUUUGGGGUUAAGAAGUACGCAGACUCUCUCUGGGAAGUCGUGAAGGCUCGAGACCUGACUGUAAAUCUCAGACACAACCUCAUCGAAGUCAGGGCCGAUAAGCAGGAAGCCGUGUUUGAGAACCUGGACAAACCUGGAGAGACAAACGUUUUCAAGUAUGAGAUGCUGCACGUGACUCCCCCGAUGGGUCCCCCUGACGUCCUGAAGGGCUCUCCGCUGGCCGACGAGGCCGGCUGGCUCAACCUCAAUAAGGAGACGCUUCAGCACAAUGUCUACCCCAAUGUGUUUGGAAUCGGAGACUGCACCAAUCUGCCAACUCCAAAAACAGCAGCGGCUGUGGCUGCCCAGUCUGGUGUGCUUGACAGAAAUAUCACCAGAAUAAUGAAGAAGAGCCAGCCUGAUAAAACGUAUGAUGGCUACACCUCGUGCCCUCUUGUAACCAGCUACAACACAGUCAUCCUGGCUGAGUUUGACUACAAUGGGCAGCCUCUGGAGACCUUCCCCCUGGACCAGAGUAAGGAACGGAGGAUCAUGUACUACAUGAAGGCGGACGUCAUGCCUCACCUGUACUGGCACGGCCUGCUCAGGGGUCUGUGGGGUGGACCAGGACCAUAUCGCACCCUCAUGCACUUGGGAAUGAAGUAGUUUGCCAGAGACCCAGCGAGAGAUUUUAUACUCUGAAAACUAAGGUCUCUUUUUACCUUCCUAAUAUAUAAGAGCUUAACAAACCAAAUACAUUCACUUGAGCCAUUGAACACAUGGCUGGAUACAUAUAAUUUUUUGCCUCUGAUUGUGUGUUAAUAUGUGCUAACAAACAUUUUCACUGUGAUUGUAUAUGGCUACAUGGUGAGCAGCCAAAUCAGACCUUGCAACUUCAUUAUGAGGGUAUAGUUAGUGAUGGUCAGUGAUUCUGGGAGAUGUGGUGGUGGUGGCUGGGUCACAUGAUGAUUAAAGGACAGCCACACUGAAGGACACACUAAGGGAUGCUUAAAGGACAAUCACACUGAACAACACUAAAGGAUGUUUAAAGGACAAUCACACUGAACGACACUAAAGGAUGUUUAAAGGACAAUCACACUGAACGACACUAAAGAAUGUUUAAAGGACAAUCACACUGAACGACACUAAAGAAUGUUUAAAGGCCAAUCACACUGAACGACACUAAAGAAUGUUUAAAGGACAAUCACACUGAUCCUCCCCAGUCCCACCUUUCUUGACUUCCUGCUGACCGUUGUACUUGAAUCUUGUUCUGAUAUUUUGUUCAAAUAGUUGGAUUGAUGGCCAGUCGUUGUGCUUGCUUUAACUGUUUUUUUUACAAAAUGCUCUUCAAGUGUUAAAGAAAAUCACUCACAUUUACAUUUACAUAACAACAUUUACACAGAUUUCUUAAAAAAAGCAAACUGCUUUACUACUUGACCCUGCGCUCCAAUCACAGCUCUGCCAACUGUGAAAUCCCACACUUUCAUCGUUUGUCGAGGAUUGGAGAGACUGUGGACGGAAGGCCUGUCUACAGACCUACAGAAGUCUUCUUCCUGUUCGAAACGCCACCCUUUUAUCUUCCUCUUCGUGAAGAAGUCGGGAGUGAUAUUCCAAAGUCUGAGUUUGUUUGUUUGUUUGUUUGUUUGUUUGUUUUUUCAUUUCAGUCAAAGGGGGGUCUGUCAUGAAAGGUUUGGGGGCCACUGCUCAUGAACAGAAACAAAGCUGAGAUGGGCUGUCACCAAGAUAAGAGCCCCUCUGUCCUACUGCAGUCAGGGUACACAUAUGCCAGCAGAUUCACAUCACUUUGUUUAGUUCAUCACUGGCUAUGACCUCUGGUUCACACUUAUGAAACAGUACACUCAAAUGCUUAGGAAGUUGUUCAAGUGUUGGGUGUCCAGUAUGCCAUUAACACCCUGUCCGGUGGAGUCCUAUCCUAUGGCAUUGACACACACAAUGAGCAUGUCUGCUCAGCAAAUGGUUUGGUCACUGUAGAAGUGAAACUGCUUGGGAAAUAGCCUCAAUUAGGCAUGUGAUUGUUCCUACUCGUAUUUAAGCAGAAUUCCCUCAGUCAUCUGGCCUUCCAAGACUAGUGACACUCAACAUCUUUAUCAUGAUAGCUUUUUGAUUAAAAAACAAACAAACACAUACCUGUUGCUCAAGUGUAUGUUGAUAUGUGCUGAUAUGAUGAUAUGAUUCGUUUCCAAUGUUAGUUGUCAUUUAAUUUUAAUAAAAUUUUUGCUCAGGGUC